AUGAUUUUCAACACCAAGAGCAUCUUUGCCCUCGCUGUCUUGGCGAAGGUCGCCUCAGCAGGCUUCUUCUACCCCGACACGCUAGAGGCACUCCAAAAUCACCGUGAACUCCCUUCCUGUGCAGUCGGUUGCACAGGGUGCUUCAGUUGUGAGAACGGCGUCACCGAUAACGGCGAUGGCUCCCUGAGCGUCCGUGUGACUCACUGUAAGAGUGGUGGUACCGUCAGUUGGAUGUGCUGUGUUGGUAUCGACGGAACAGAGACUGGCUGUGAUGUUACUGCCCCUUGUCGUCCCGACGAUGGAACGGGCAAAUGUAACGGUAUUCCUGCUGGCCCCUCGGGUGGACUCGUCAUCAACAUCCCUGACAAUGCCAAAACUUUCACCAUCAACACCCACGAUGGUCAGACUAGUGGAAAUGGUGACAUGAAUAACAACCGCUGUGGUGGAAAUGGAAACCAAGGCAAAAAGGGUUGCUCGAACAGCUACUCUGCUCACUGUGACCUCGAGUUUUCUCUGGCGACCGACUACCCCGUCACCAACGCACCGCCACCCCCCACUUCGGGCACUCCCUCCACUGGAGAAAACCCAUGGCUUGGUCUCACCCUGUACGAAGUUCUUUCCCAGGGAAUCCCUAUGCCCGAUUGUGGUGAUCUUGGUCAAGAAGAGUCCUUCCAAGGAAAUGAUUUGACCAACGACAAGGGCGAGUGUUACAGGGUGAACAUUUGUCACGGAAAUGCUGGCCAGCAUGGCUGGAACGGACAAACUGUUUCCCGUGAUUCCCUAGAUCCCACCAAAGUCAAUGGCCAUGCUGGCGCCAACCACAAUGAUCCUUCAAAGAACAAGAACCCUGACUACUUUCCAGGAGCCAAGGCGGUUCCCAACCCCAACGGGGCUGGAGCGAACUCUGGAUCGUUGGACGGACAAUGUGGCUUCACGUGUGAUGCCUCCGACGAGUUCACCUGUGCUGAUGGAACCGUGGUCAAGCGAGCUCUCCCAGACUGUGAGUUUGCUGAUUGUCCCACCCCAGACACUGACCCCACACCAACUGAGAGUGCUCGUGUGAAUGGAGACCCUCACUUCCAGGUAAGAUUCAAUGUUCCUCCUUGGUUGAAUCGGAGUGGUUUGGUAUUGUUUCAGUUCUAA